UAUAAUUACACUUUUUAAUAAAUUAUAUUGUAAAAAAAAAUAUCAUCUACUUCAGUUAAACCGGCGCUAAACUUUGUCCUCGUCGUCUCAUUACCGCCGCAGUAACUUCUCCUGCGUGCCAUCUGUUCGUCAAAUUGUCUGAACCAAUUUCUUCAACUCUUUCAUAGUGAAUCCUGGAAAAGUUUGAAUUUUUGGGAUUCUGGGCACAAGGGUUUAAUUCGUAAUAGCUCGGGUAACUUAGAUUUGAUCCUCAAGAAGAAUGGUUAAUGGGAACAACAAGAAAAGAGACGGUGGUUUAUCGUCGCUUGCACCUCGAGAAAUCAGCGUACAGAAAUUCUCCGAGGCUCGAGCAGCCGAGCUCGAGUCUCUUCACUCGAUUGUGUCUGACCGUUUGAACAAGGACUUUCGGUCAAAGAGGAACAAGAGGAGAAGGACCAAUGCCUACACUAACAAUCCUUCAAAGAGACGUAAUAUAAAGAGGCAAAGAUCAGAGUCGUUGCUAUUGAUUGGUCAAGCAUCAGGAGGAAGGGACAAUGAUGAAACAAAGAUCCCAAGACGAGUCAAGAGGAGGAUGGAACUUAAAGGGAACCCUGAAUCAGGGUUUAGUACCUCUGGAGAUGGAACAAAGAAACUGAGAACACAUGUUUGGCAUGCUAAACGGUUUUCCAUGACUAAGCUCUGGGGAUUUCACCUUCCUCUUGGUUUAUUUGGGAGAGGAAGGGGAUCUAGGGAUAUCUUGAAGAAGUCUAGGCAAGGUGUUCUUGUGCAUGAUGCAAGCUAUCACAUUGCUGUGCAAUUGGAGGGUCCAGAGGCAGGCCUUAGUUGUGAAAACGCCAUGCUUUAUCAUGUGGAACCACCAGUUUCUCAGGCGAUUGCUCCUGUAACUUAUAUGUGGAGACCUUCUCAGUUACCUAAGAGAAGAGAUGAGGUUAAAGUGGGUGACUGCGAAGGAAACAAUGCUCCAGUCUCAAAUGGAGAUCAUGUAGACUCUCGAAAACUUUGGGUGUGGAUCCAUGCUUCUUCCUUCAGUGAGGGAUAUGCUUCUCUUAAACUAGCUUGUCAAAAACAGAUGAAUGAGACAGGUGUCUUAGUUGAUUGCUUUUCACUCGAGGGUCAGCUUGGAAAACUUGAGAUUUUCGGUUCAGAAGCAUCUCAUCUUCUUCAAAAGACCAUACAUCCUGUUACAAGUAGCUCAGAGGAUAUCUCUGUUUUAAGAAAGUGUUCAAUGGAAAAAGCUGAAGUUAAGAACGUUGAUGAUCCUUACAAAGAGGAGAACAUAUCAUCUUGCGUUAUUCUACCACGGUUUGUCAUGGAUCCGCGUUUAAUCCCGAAUAAUCCACUUGAUGAUAGUACAGUGUCAGUUGAAAUGACCAAAACUGAGCCUGCUGAGUCACUUGAAAUAACAACAACCAACACAGAGGCUGAAAGUUUUCUUGAAGUUCUCAAGUGCUUAUGGGAUGCAAAUAGUGAACUGGCCCCUCCAGAAGAAGAGAACACGUUGUGUUGGGAGAAGCAUCAAACUCGUAUGGAGUCUCUUUGCCUCGACGACCCAGCUGCUGAGGCUCCGAAGAUAUCUAGUAGGCCAAGGAGUUCGAGGUCUUGUCCUUUACUGCUUAAAAAGCUUGGGAACGCACCUACAGGAUGGUCUCUUAUACUUCCCCUUAGUUGGAUCAAAGUCUUCUGGAAUGCCUUUGUCUCAAAAGGAGCUCAAGCAAUAGGUCAGAGGGAGAAACGCUGGCUUUCUUGUGAUGCUGGUUUCCCAUUUUUCCCGUCAGAUUUUCCUGACUGCAAAUCAUAUUCAUCUUUAACAAUGAGUGAAGCUGCAGAGUUGGAGGAGGAGGCACAAAGGCGCCCUCUUGCGGUAAGACCUUUCAGAGUUCCCAUUCCACCUCCAUGGAAUAGUAUCCAUGUGACACGUUCUAUUGGAGAGAGUUCAGAUCAAAAGCGUACAAGCAGCGAUGGGACGACUGAAGUGGAAGUUUCCAGUAAUGGUGGUAAUCUAUUUGAUGGUAUAGUGGCAAGAACAUCAGAUUCGCUGACUACUUUUCUCCAAGAUUUCUCAAGUGACAACUUGCUUUUAUCUCCUCGCAACGCUUUGAAGCCAAACGCAAACCUUGUGAUGACGCUUCAAGAAGAUGAAACAAAGGCAAGAGCUCAGAUCCAUCAGAGCAGUGAUACUAGACUGUGCCUUGUCAGAGUUCUUCUACAUGCUUUCAAGGAAGGUUCUUUUGAAGAAGGCGCAGUUGUAUGUGCACCAUCUCUGGCAGACAUAUCAACACUAAAAUCCGGCUGCAGUGAAGGGGAAGAAGGGCGUGUUACAAUCCCUCAAUCUUGUGUAAGCUCUUACUUCCAAGAACAACCUUCUGGAACCUGGGAACUAAAUGUCCCUGAAGACACUCUUACAAAACAAUCUCAUAGAUGGCCUAUCGGGUUUGUAACGACAGGAUUUGUCCGAGGGAGUAAAAAGCCGACGGCGGAAGCUCUGUGUGAUGCAGUGUUGUUAAUGAGACUAAGAGAAGAGCAAUGGAAAGGGAAAGAUGUAAAGAGGAGGAAGAAGGAGAUUUAUGUUUUGGUUAGAAACCUAAGAUCUUGUGCUUCUAGACUCGCACUUGCUACUAUAGUUUUGGAGCAACAAGACUCUAGUGAUGAUGUCCACUGCUUUUAGCUCCCACCAUCAGACAGUCAAACACUGUUGUUUUGUUUGUAUCAGUUAUAUUUGAUUUAUCUUAAACAAUGUAUUUUAAUUCUUUAUUAAUGAUCAAAGCAAGUUUAGUGGGAAUUUGGAAAAUCUCACUAGUGUUAAUAUUGGCAUGUUUCGG